AUGGCGAUGAUGAUGACUGGCCGUGUGCUGCUGGUGUGUGCCCUCUGCGUGCUGUGGUGCGGUGCUGUUUUUGGACGUGCUAAAGCAACUCCAGCUUCUCCGCCCAGUAAAGACAACAGUCCUAAAAAUAACAACAAUUCCACAGGUGUCGCUGCAGGAGUUGACCCAAACGGUCAACAGAAAGCGCCUCAAGAAAAAUCACCGGCGUCAGAAUCACCGGAAUCGCCAGCAGAAGCGACACCGGCACCACAAUCCGGAGGAGGUGCACCAGAUUCGGCAAAUACAACGACGGACAGCAAGGAUCCAAAUACACAAGAAAAAAUGGAGGAAAAAGAAGAGAAGGAGAAAAACGAAGAAACUGAAGAAAACGAAGACGAAGAGGAAGGGGAAGAGGAAGAGGAACAGGAUGAUAGAAAGCAAGACGGAGGGGAUGAUAAGAAAGAAAAGGAGCAGGGGACAAUGAAAGAAGAAGCUGAUACCGGCACCACAGAGGAGACCUCAGCAGGCGGUCAAGAGCAGCCAAUUUUAUCUUCGGGUGCGGCAAGAGCAUCGAAUAUAACAAAACCCAACAGCACACAAACAACUGGAGACGAUGAUUCAGCAGCUGAUGUUGCAGGGACAGCAGAGGGAAAACAAAAUGAAAAUAAAGAAGCCAUUCCGAAAGAAACACCAGUGACGGUCACAGCCAUGAAAAAUACAACGGCGACGACUGGCGACAGUGACGGCAGCACCGCGGUCUCCCACACCACCUCCCCUCUUUUGCUUCUUCUUGUUGUUGCGUGUGCUGCUGCUGCUGCGGUGGUGGCCGCGUGA